AUGGCGCUCCGCACAUUGGCCGCGAAGAAAACCCUAGGCCUGGCGCUCGGCGGCGCGCGGCCGCUGGCCGCCGCCAGGGGCGUGGCGACGUUCACGCUCCCCGACCUCCCCUACGACUUCGGUGCGCUGGAGCCGGCCGUCUCCGGCGAGAUCAUGCGCCUGCACCACCAGAAGCACCACGCCACCUACGUCGCCAACUACAACAAGGCGCUCGAGCAGCUCGACGCCGCCGUCAGCAAGGGGGACGCGUCCGCCGUCGUCCACCUCCAGAGCGCCAUCAAAUUCAACGGCGGCGGUCAUGUUAACCAUUCAAUCUUCUGGAAGAACCUCAAGCCUAUUAGCGAGGGUGGUGGUGAGCCACCUCAUGGCAAACUUGGCUGGGCCAUUGAUGAGGAUUUUGGUUCUAUUGAGAAACUUAUAAAGAAGAUGAAUGCAGAGGGUGCUGCUUUACAAGGAUCUGGAUGGGUGUGGCUAGCUUUGGAUAAAGAGGCCAAAAAGCUUUCAGUUGAAACUACUCCUAAUCAGGACCCUCUUGUGACCAAAGGGUCAAACCUGUAUCCUUUGUUGGGAAUUGAUGUCUGGGAGCAUGCGUACUACCUGCAGAAUCUGCCUCAUAUAACCAUAGUUGAUAAGAUUUCACUUGGCCCACUUGGUCUUUUCUCUUAUUAUUUUCCAUUGUCCCGCAUUAGUAGUGUUUCUGUGACAAAGCUAUUGCCUGAAAACUAUCCAGCCAUUUUGGACAUGCUAAUUCCCAGUACCGUAGGAGUCACAGUAUUCCCUAUGGUAUACCUGCAUUUUUACAAGGUCCUUGCUGAAAGCAAGACUAGUAGAGCUCAUGUCCCUCUUGUUAAAAGAAAACACGAGUAUAACAGGAGUGAUAUCAGUGUGCUCCAUGGUUAUAUGUCAAAAAGGUUGCAAGAAAUAUGGUUGUAUAUGAAGUACAAGAACGUGAGGCCGGACUACCUGACCAACAUCUGGAAGGUGGUGAACUGGAAAUAUGCCGGAGAAGAGUAUGAAAAAGUGCUUGCGUGA